AUGGCUGGAUUUGAACAGGGACUCUCUAAUAAUAAUGAAUUGGAGAAUGAUCAUGUCUUCAUGUCUAAUGGAUUUAAUGAUGUUUCCAUUAGCAAAUUGGCUUCUUCUUCUUCUUGUGUUGUUCCUUCGAGUUUGUUUCCUGUGGAGGAGGAAGAGAAUCGAUCUUCUUCUUCUUCAAAGUUCUCUAAUGUAGCAACUACUCAGGAAUUGACUAGGAUAGAUUUCAAACUCAGGAAUUCCUCUAGAGGUGUUGCUGUUCCUGGUAAAAGGCCUCGAGCUUUAAACUCGUGCUCGCAGAAACCCUUGUGUCAAGUGUAUGGUUGCAAUAUGGAUUUGAGCUUUUUGAAAGAUUACUACAAAAGGCAUAGAGUUUGCGUGGCUCAUUCAAAGACUUCCGUGGUUAUAGUUAGCGGGAAUGAACAGAGAUUUUGUCAACAGUGCAGCAGGUUCCAUUUCCUCUCGGAAUUUGAUGAUGGGAAAAGAAGUUGCAGAAGGCGAUUAGCCGGUCACAAUGAGCGAAGAAGGAAGCCUUCAUUCUAUUUCUUACCGAGUAAGCGGCAUAAGCUUCUUCACACAUCUCAAGGAAACAAGUUUCUGGAAAAUUCAUCGGUCAAUGACUUCUCGUUGGUCUUGCCAGAGUCAUUACCAGGUAGUCUCGUAUACAGAGUAAUGGAUGAGCACGACCACCGCGCAAGUAGGCUCUUGAGUUUCAAAGAUGAACCUACUUGCUCUAUGUUUCCUGCGAUUGGGCAAAACUGCAGCAACAUUUAUGAAUCUAAACCAGCUAUUUAUUCACCGGAAGCUUCCGGUGUAUCCUCAAUUUGGGACUUACAUGAGACAGCGGCAUCACGCUCUACUCGUGCUCUCUCUCUUCUGUCAGCUCAGUCCCAACAACACUUCUCUAAAAUUCCAAACAAAACUUUUUCUAUCACUCAACCGAUCCAAAAUCUUACUCACUCACCAGGAGACUAUCAUCAGAUGAAACCGUUGUGGAUCGAUACUGGCAAGACCAGUUUGGGGUCUAGUUCAUGUAACGGAAAAGGAUCAUCUACUGUUGAUCUAUUGCAACUAUCAUCGCAUCUUCAAAGAAUCGAGCAACAGAGGAAUUUCACUGAUGAGGUGAAGCAGGAAUAUAAUGAGCUCUAUUUCCCUGGCUCCUAA